GCUGUAACUCCACUUAAUCCAAUUCCAUGUAUUUAACAUAUGUCUGUUACAGGUGUUUCGUAUUCAAUUGAUGAGCAAAGUUUGAGUGAAGCUUUUUCACGAUAUGGUGAAGUUAUUGAUGCAAGGAUAAUUAUGGAUCGUGAAACUGGUAGAUCCAGAGGAUUUGGCUUUAUCACAUUCCAUUCUGUUGAAGAGGCAUCAAGUGCCAUUCAGGCCUUGGAUGGUCAAGUAAUGCAGAUUUCUUAUUCUAAGUUUGAUCUUGGUUCUCUAGAGGUUGUUUGGGCUGCUAACGACUCACCUUCUAUCAAUGAUGUGACUUAUCCUGAGCUAAUUGAAAUGAUAUCAAAGUUAAAGGAUGAAGAAGGAAAUCUCUUGAGUGUCAGUACUUCAAAUCUUUUUAUUGCUAACUCCGAAAAUGAUUUACUUAUUAUUGAUCUGACAAAGGUGUCACCAGAGCUUGCUUGCCAUGCCAGUGAUGCAGAUCUUGUCAUUUUAGAAGGGAUGGCCAGCUUCGAUGAAGCUGCUCCAAAGAUACCGCGACCGACUCUACUUGAAAGAUACCCCAAAAGAUGUUUUGCCUUUAAUCCCGAUGCCCACAAUAAACUUAUGAAAAAAAUAGCUAGGUUAAAGCGACGAAUGAAAAUGGAGAAGCUCAAGAACGGCGUCUGCAAACAUUGUGUCAGUUCCGACAAGCUAGGUUUCGAAGGAAACAAUUAA